UCAACAACAUUUGAAAUCAGGAAAUUUAAGUGGAGUAUGUCGUGCCUGUACGUCAGCGGAGGAGAAAUCAGCCUGAUUUCCAUGAACUGGUUUUCCUUGGGGGCGAUUUUUCCAAACAGAAGACAAAGGGAAUUGCACAUAACACUACCAGAACUCUGCAGACACUCUCCUGUCUACAACGAAGACACCAUGAUAUACUUCCUUUCCACGUUGCAAGAUUUAGCGGUUAGUCCACUCGUUUUCGAUCCAAGUCGGAACACAGUUGAGUGCGUCAUUCCAUAUGAUAAUGAUGAUGAUAAUGAUGAUGGUGAGAAGGCUCCACUAAAGAAACUACUUCCUUCUUUGUGUUGGAUUUUGCUUUAUGUAAGCUUUGUCAUGAGCGCUUUUUCAUCGCAGUGCGUGAUAAAGAAGCUAAGAACAUGGAACACAAACAAAAUUUGGAACAAAACUGCAGCAGCAAUGAUUUUAUCUGUAUUAAUUUUUUUGGGAGGACUUACUGUAAACAUUUGCGCACUUGCAAAAACUAACGAUUGUUAUGUUGGAGUGUUUUUGGGGUGUACAUUUAUCGUGCUUCUUCGACGAGUAGUCUGGUGUGUCUACAUAAACAAUUUGAAUAUUUGCAAUUUGAAUAUUUCUGCAUGCCUUAAGAGUCCUUACCGACACCUAACCAAUGGUCAUGGAUACUUGACUAGCAAAAACCUAUAUUCUUGUGUUUUUGUUUAUCCAGCAAUAUUUAUGGCAUGUCAUCACUUACUAUGGAUUUUGCUUGGUAUAAUAACAGAACCAUUUUGGGGUUUUACAAUUUUAGUGGCUGUUAUUGCUGUCUGCGCAAUUUUUUUCUUCCUACUUUCCGAGCUCUGUGAUGUUUUUCCCGCACCUAAUAAUUAUCAAGCAUCAGAAGAGCCUAGCGCAAACAAAGACAAGUUUGUGAUUACCAUGUCUGUUACUCUUACCCUUGCCGUUCUAUCUGCAUUUGUGUUGUUGUUGCUAGUUUUGUUUGCAGUCGCACAGGUUUUUCUAAGCGAGAGUUUGAUUUCUACAUUGGUUCAAAAUAUUUUGACGUUUGUUGUAACUGCAUGGUUUGGAUAUUUGGGGGUCAAAGGAGGAGUUCGUUAGAUUGUAAGGGGGGCCAGUAGCUCAGUAGCACCCUGAACCCUGGCUUUUAGUACCUCUCUCCACGUAGUAAUGCCAAACAAUUACCGGUCAACUGCAGGGAAACCUGUAAAAAUAAAGGGAGGGGAUGACCCACGAUGGACUAUCAUCCUAUCACCAUCUUAGUCGCUCGAUGCUUUAGAAACUAAUGAUAAGUACAGGUAGCUAGCUUACUUAACUUACACCCUUGUCACUCUCUAUUCGUUGAACGACUCCAGAAACGUGCAAUGCGCAUUAUUUAUCCAGAGCGCAGUUACGCUGAAGCACUUAAUUAAGCUGGCCUCCAACCACUCUCUAAAAGGCGUCAGGUCAUUACGUCAAAGUUCUUCGAACGGAUCGCCACCGAUAAGAAUCAUAGACUCCACCCUCUUCUCCCAGAAGUGAAAGCCUUGAACUAUAAUCUUAGGAGAAGUUCGAAGUUUGUACUACCUAAAUGUAAAACGAAGCAUUGUCAAUCCACUUUUAUUAAUUAUAAUUCAAGUUUUUUAUAAUUCUUAAUAGGUAGAAUUACGAUGAUUGUCUAGGAUCGUCGAUAUUCAUAUUUUACAUAUUCAUAUAUCCAUAUAUGCAUAUAUUUCUCUUAGUGUAUUUCAGUUUUUGACUGCAACUCUUUUAGCAAAUAAACCAUCUAUCUAUCGUAUUCUAAGUAAACAUCAAGGACCAUGCAAUUUUAUUGGUUCUAGAAUAGUAUACAAUUACUACUUUGAACAAAUUAGCGUCAAAGGUAAACGGGUAGAAUAUCAUAAUAAUAAAAUUAUUAAUUCAUAACGCGCCUUUUCCAUGCAGAUAUGAUCAAAUGCGCGGUACAAUGCUAUGAAAAAGUUAGAAAGCAAAUUAAAACUAAAAUGUACAAAGUAAUUAAAGGUAAU